GCUAACAGACGUGUGUCUUCGAGCGGCCCCUUAGCAACACAACAGUCUGCAGGUGUCACAUGGUUCCAGGCGACAGGUGCGCCCAGGUGACAUUCCGACCGCCCGUCGCCGGGAUUGUUCCGCACGUCACAUUCCAGACCGGAGCCUCACCGCCGCCGAGCUUCAGGCGUGUUAUUUAGUCAUCCCUCCAACGAGGCGAGUUUAAUUCGGAUUAAAGCACUUGUGAGGCACUUGACGUUGAGGAUAAUCCCUUGAAAGUGAUCCAAACAUUCUUUUCUGGUCCAGGUGUAACGAAUCUAUAGAAAGGCUGAGGGCGGUCCGGCUCUGAUUCUGAUCCGUCUGGGUUUGUCACGCAGGCGAGGAACCGAGGACCAGAACUAAAAAAAAGGAGAAGAGAGAAAGGAAGAGACGAUCCAGACGGAAGACCUGAUCCAGCAUGGCCCAGAAGACAGUUCUGAUUGUGUACGCUCAUCAGAGUCCAGGCUCUUUCAACGCAGCCGCUCGUGACGCUGCGGUGGAGGUUCUGGAGGAUCAGGGUCAUAAAGUCCUGGUGUCCGACCUGUACGCCAUGAACUUCAGCGCCAACAGCACACGAGACGACAUCGUCGGUGAGCUGAAGAAUCCGGAGCUCUUCCAGUACGGAGAGGAGACCAUGCACGCCUGGAUGGAAGGCCGCCUCAGCCAAGACAUCAUCGACGAGCAGCGCAAAAUCAAUGAGGCCGAGCUCAUCAUCUUCCAGUUUCCCUUGUACUGGUUCAGUUUCCCCGCCAUCAUGAAGGGCUGGCUGGACCGAGUGCUGACGCAGGGCUUCGCCUUCUCCCUGCAGAAGAUGUACAACCACGGCAUAUUCAAGGAGAAGAAAGCCAUGCUGUCCUUCAGCACGGGAGCGACUCAGACCAUGUUCAGGCCCGAUGGCAUCAACGGAGACAUGAACGUGGCGCUGUGGCCUCUGCAGAACGGCAUCCUCCACUUCUGCGGGUUCCAGGUCCUGGCGCCGCAGAUAUUCUGGUGCCCGGCGCACAGUCCCGCCGCCGUCCGUGCCGCCAUGCUGGUGGGCUGGCGGGCCCGGCUGCGGGGGCUGCUGGCUGAGAAGCCUUUGACCUUUGCCCCCUGUGAACUCUUCGACCUCAGCUUUCAGGGGGGCUUCUUGCUGCGCCCCGAGGUGAGAGAGGAGUGCAGCUCGCAGCGCCACGGCAUCACCACCGGCCACCACCUGGGCAAACCUUUACCCCCCAACAACCAGACCGACGCGGAGCCAGAGAACGACCAGUCAGCCUCCGAGGACUAA